AAUACGUGAAUUCUAUUCUCUUAUCCUCCAAAAUAUGUGAUUCUACCUUGUGAUACUCCUAGAACUCAGUAUAAUGCCUUCUACCUAUUGGAACAACAUUCCUGUUGGGAGUGUGCCAGCAAUGCCUUAUCACCACUAUCAUCCUAGAGGACUCAAAAAAGUGAUAAUGGAAAUGGCACACAGCUUCAAACACACACUAGUAGACAGUGUCAAUAAUAUCUCUGCCAGGUCACUGUACACAUGCUGUCCUUCACAUGUGACCCAUUUCUGUCUCACACACACACACACACACCAGAUAGAUGCACUACAUCUCUCUAAAGGGAAUGGCUUACUGUCACAAUGAGACGAGGUCAACUUUUUCAACAAGCAGAAACAGUUCGCUGACAUGAGUGAACUACAUUUCAUGUACACCACCAUCUGAUCUCAUUUACACCAUCAGUCACUCUCAGGAUGACUGCAUUUAUGUUUUGUUGCUCAGGAAAGGUGACAUCCUUCUUCUGUCAAUCAUACUUCUCUGCUGCAGUUUACAAAAAAUUACUUCACAUCUCAUACUUCUCUCUCUCUCUCAUGGCACCUGGAUCCACAACACGGCAGUGCAGUGCAUGCUACAAAGAAAUCGGCAGUGCCUCCAAAACCUGCAAACACUGUGGAAUAAAGAUUAUUCAAAAGAAAAACCUGAAAUCCCCAAAAUUAAAAUUUGACGAUCAGUGGGCAGCCAAAUUGAAAAAAGAUGGCAAUUCUUGCAAAAUUAUGAAUUGUGUGGACUUGCUUCUUCAUAAGUUGCAAGUACUGGGCUUCUCACCAAUGCUCUUUAUUACAACACAGAAAGGCCAGCAUCGCUCCACAAAAAUUUUAGUUAAAAACGUCAACAUUCAGAGCCAUCCCUCCGUACCAGUCAUGCAGAGACUUUAUGAGGCUGUUGUAAGAGCCUCUGCCGCCGACAACUUCUCUGUGGACCCGGCCCCUUUGGCCAACAUCUCUGCUUCUACGGCCGACGACUCCUCUGCCGCCAUCAGCCCGGACUCCAAUGGCUCCGCCUCUUCUUUCGUGGAGCCCGUCUCUGUGGCCGAUGGCUCCGCCUCUUCUUUCGUGGAGCCCGUCUCUGUGGCCGAUGGCUCCGCCUCUUCUUUCGUGGAGCCUGUCUCUGUGGCCAAUGGCGACUCCUCUGCCGCCACCAGCCUGAAAUCAGAUGGCUCCGCCUCUUCUUUCGUGGAGCCCGUCUCUGUGGCCGAUGGCUCCGCCUCUUCUUUCGUGGAGCCUGUCUCUGUGGCCGAUGGCUCCGCCUCUUUCGUGGAGCCCGUCUCUGUGGCCGAUGGCUCCGCCUCUUCUUUCGUGGAGCCUGUCUCUGUGGCCGAUGGCUCCGCCUCUUUCGUGGAGCCCGUCUCUGUGGCCGAUGGCUCCGCCUCUUCUUUCGUGGAGCCUGUCUCUGUGGCCAAUGGCGACUCCUCUGCCGCCACCAGCCUGAAAUCCGAUGGCUCUGCCUCUUCUUUCGUGGAGCCUGUCUCUGUGGCCAAUGGUGACUCCUCUGCCGCCACCAGCCCGAAAUCCAACAACUCUGCCUUUGCUGCCGGUGACUCCACCUCUGCUGCCAAUGUGUUCUACAUGCCAACGCAAAGGAAGCGUAGACGAAAACAUAAUGGAAAUGGGAAGAAAAGAAUUUCUUUUCCGAUGGCAGCCUUGCGCAUCCUGUGGCAAGAAGUGGAGGAGUACCUGGGUCUCGGAGGAAGCUAUGCAGUAGUUACUAUAGGGCAAUACUGUCUGUUUAAAUUCAUACACAAAUAUGGCAAUACAUAUAAAGAAAUUAACACAGUAUGUGUACUAAUUGUGCUUAUAUACAUUUGGUUAGCAUUAUUUAAACAACAUGUGUAUCAUACAGUUUAUCCUACAAUAAAGUUCUGUUUAUAGAGUGUUGUCUGUAAGUG